CUGCCGCCCUGGAGGAUGCUCGGGCAGCCGGAGCGCUCACCUCAGCUGCACCGGCCCCAACGGCCGCCAGGGGGCGGUGGCACGCCGGGUAACGGAGCUCCCCGCCCUCAUCGCGGCCAAUCGCGUUUCUCGGCGCGAAGCAUGCCGGGAGCUGUAGUUUCCCGCUCUGGCGCGGCCGCGGCGCACGCUGGGAGAUGGAGUCGCGGCAUCGCGCCGCACCGCGGGCGUCUCCCUCAGCGAAACUACGAUACCCGUCGGCACCCGCGCGCCGCUCCCUCCGCGCUACGGAAGCCGCGCAGCCGGCGGCUGGAGCGGGUCGCAGCGCCGAGGACAGCGAUGGCGGGCGCACCGCCGCCUUCCACGCCGGGCGGUUCGCAGCCGCCGCCGCCUCUGCAGUACAGCGCUCUGCUGCAGCACCUGGUGGGAGAGCAGCGGCGGCCCCGAGUGUGGGACCCCAACACCUUCGGGGGCAUUCCCAGCCCGCCCAAGAGCAAGGAGCAGAAGAUGGUGGAGAGGGCCAUGGAGAGCUGCGCCUUCAAAGCGGCGUUGGCCUGCGUGGGGGGGUUCGUCCUCGGAGGAGCGUUUGGGAUCUUCACUGCUGGCAUCGACACCAAUGUGGGCUUCGACCCCAAGGACCCCUAUCGCACCCCAACUGCCAAGGAGGUGCUGAAGGACAUGGGGCAGCGCGGCAUUUCCUAUGCCAAGAACUUUGCCAUCGUGGGCGCCAUGUUCUCCUGCACUGAGUGCGUGGUGGAAUCAUAUCGUGGAAAAUCAGACUGGAGGAACAGUGUUAUUAGUGGCUGCAUCACGGGAGGAGCAAUUGGCUUCAGAGCUGGUAUGAAGGCAGGGGUGAUCGGCUGCGGUGGAUUUGCUGCUUUUUCCGCAGCAAUUGAUUACUAUCUGCGGUAACGGCAGGAUCCCUCGGGAGCAAGUUUUCCUCGCGUUCCAGUGCUGCUGCUCAGAUCCUGCAUCACGGCAGAAGAACCAUCAGGCCUACCUUUCCACUGCCUUGGAGUCCUGAUCAGUGCAAGCUGGAUGAUGCUGGCUGCUUUUCCUGAAUGACUAACAAUAAUCUGGCUGCGAGCCUUGGCACGCUGCUUCAGGCAGGCCUGCAGGAAUGUGCAAGGAUGGAGCCAGGCGCAGGGAGCAGUAUCACCAGUACGGAUCAGCUGACUGUCAGUUUCCAGGAAACAAGCCUGGACUCCGAGCUUUCUGGAUCCUUUGGGUCUGAUUUUGAUUAAGUCUGUUGCUAGCAUCAAGAGGCAGGAGGACAAUCUUCAUAAAGAAAUGCAGUGGUUUAUGUUAUUGUGUUUGAAUAUGCUGCAAGUGUUUAGCAGCUCCUGGUUUGCAGCUUGCUGCUCUGUUGGGGAGAGGUAAGAUCCUGUGGAGAAAUAGUUUGUUCCAGGCUUUUCUUAAAAUACCAACCGAAGACAAACCACCAUCUGUACAACUUGUCUUAUUUCAAGUACAGAACGAAUGCCAGAUUUCUUUACCAUUUCUUAAAGGGGAAAAGCAAUAAGGAAUCCUGUGCCUUAGAACCAUGUGGUUCCUGGCAGAUGAACAAAACAGUUGAAGGGUAAAAAAGAGGUUGUUGCAGAUGUAUAAUUCUCUGUAGCCGUUUGGCUCGCCUGAUUUAACCUCGCCCUGGGAGUACAAGCAGUUUUGCUACUGCUUUAUACUGCCACAGGCUCACACCCUCAGUUCCAGCAGUUUGAUGGCUGGGCUUUAAAGCAGAGUUGUGAGAAUAAAGACAGAUAACAAGGCGUUCACUUAGCACGCUGUCUGCUUCCCAUCCUCUUCCUACACCUCCUCUGAGCUCCCCAGUGUUAAACUGGGAGAAAGUGAAACAUCACUUCUGCAGAACGCCGGUGCUGAAGUCAGAGCACCUGCUCAAGAGCUUGGCUGGCUGCUCCUCUUUGGAUUUGCAUUCUUAUUAGCUGUCUUGUUUUUCUAACCAAAUUCUGUUUUUGGACCUCCGGGGAUAAUUUUUAUAUUCAAAAUAGUUCAGAUGCUGUUUUAACCUUCUUUGAGCCACCAUGCAAGGCCAAACACCCACCCUUGCAAUGAAACAGCAGGAUUUAAAGUGCAGUGUGAACAUCUAAUGGGGGUUCUCCCACCUGCUUCCCCUCUGCAUUCAGGGUUUGACAUCCCAGGACAGCACAGCAUUUGCUUACCUGGAAGAGCAACACCAGCUGGGUAUUUAGUGGUCACUUUGGAGGCGUGCUGCCUCCCAUGCCUACGUGGAAAGAAGUGGGGAGACAGCUCCAUGUGAUCUAUCAGCUGAGGUUUCCUAUCGCCUGAUCUCCCUCGCUGUGCCUGUUCAGUAUCCUCAGGCCAGAAGCUGUGCAAGUCAGCUGAAUUUGAAGCUUGAGUAAUUCUGGGCUGAUUAAACAAGCUGGCUCCAGACAGUCCAGGUUUUUUCCUCCAGAAUGUACUGAAAUGCAAGGAUGUAGCCCAAACCAUAAGAUGUCUCCUAAAAGAUUGCCUGGCACGAUGCCUGUGCUUGUACCACUGGCUUGAAACACAACUAGCGAGAUUUCCAUGACUGAAAGAGGAGCAGUUAUGGAGCCAAGGUGAUCAGCUCGUGCAAGCAGCAACACCACAGGGCUCCUUUUGUGCAAAUGUUGGGGCUUUGCGUUUUUAUUAACAGGUUGGUUUUUUUUCCUCUUCACAUGGUUUACAGCCAUUUAAAGUUUAUAAUCUACAGAAAUUGAAACAGAACACAAACAAAAAUA